AUGGCUCGAGCAAAAGCCGUGGAUUUUUUCAGCACGAAAAACAACUCCAGCGACAGCGAGGAGGAGGAGGACAAGCCGGCGGUCGACCCGCGGUUUGUGCUGGCCGACUCUGAUAGCGAGGGAGAAGAGGAACAGGAGGAUGGAGACGAGGAUGAAGAAGAGAAGGGCCGAACCUCCAAGAAGAAGACCAAAGACUUUUUUGAGCUAGCUGGAAAGACUGACGACGGCGACGAUGAGGAAGAGGACGAAGAAGAUGAAGAGGAGGAGGAGGAGGAGAAAGAGAAGAAGCCCGUCAAGACUAGUUCUACCAAGGCCAAGACCAAGCCUAUGACCAAGGAGGAGAUUGAGAAACACAACAAGAAGAUCGCCAAGACCGGUGUCGUCUACUUCUCGCGAAUUCCGCCGCUCAUGGACCCCGGCAAGCUGCGAAUGCUGCUCCAGCGGUUCGGAAUCGUCGACAGAAUCUACCUGGUUCCCGAGGACCCCAAAGCGCAGGCGGUACGAAUCAGACAUGGUGGAAACAGAGCUCUGGCAUACACUGAGGGCUGGGCUGAGUUCACUAAGAAGCGGUACGCCAAGACGUGUGCCAGCACGCUCAACGGCAACACGAUUGGAGGAAAGAAGGGCUCGCAGCAUUACGACGAUAUCAUGAACGCCAAAUACCUUCCCAAGUUCAAGUGGAGCGAUCUUUCUGAGCAGCUGGCCCAGGAGACUCACAACCGACAGGCCCGUCUGCGAACCGAAAUCUCCCAGGCCACCCGAGAGAACCAGACCUAUAUCCAGUCGCUGGAGAAGUCCAAGGCUGCCGAGCGACGACGACAGAGACAGGAGGAAGAGGGCGGCGAGACGGAGGAAAAGCCGGCAAAGAAGGUGCAUCGAGACUUUUACCAGGGCAAGACCCACAGUGCGAGAGCAAAGGAGGGCAAGAAGGAGUUGGAUGGAAGCGUGGGAAGCAUUUUGGGCAGUGUCAUGUAA